UUGACACUGAAUAAAAGCGCCCGCGGCGAUGUACCAAAACGAGUACACACAAAAUGUCAAUACCAACACUUACCGGCUAUGUGAUAUAAAAGCAUCUGCUGUACAAACGAAAAUCAUUCCAUCCUCUACAACGGAACAAGCAAACAUGUACACAAAGGUCAUAGUCGUCCUGUGCGCCGCGGGCAUCGCCUCCGCUGGCAACCUCCUCCACGCUGCUCCGGUUGCGUACAGCUCCCCAGUAUCUUCCGUAUCCUACUCUUCGCAAACCACUGCUCACGCUGCACCCGUCGCGUACGCCGCUGCACCCGUCGUCGCUAAAACAAUCUCGCCCGCUGUGUCCUACCAAACCAUCUCUACCCACUCAGCCCCCGCACUGGCUGCGUACUCCGCACCCGCCGUGGCAGCUUACCAUGCACCUUUAGUGACUAAAACCAUCGCCGCCCCAGUGUCUUACUCGUCCGUGGCCCACCCCGCCGUGUCUUACUCUUCAGUAGCCCACGCUGCCCCAGUAGCAUACUCCAGCCCUGUUUACGCUAAGACCAUUGCUGCACCCGUGGCUACAUACGCCGCCGCUGCUCCCGCCUACUCCACUUACGCUGCUGCACCCGUACUGAAGUCUGCCAUCACUUACUCUGCCGCACCCGCUGUCUCUCAUGUAUCUUACACCGGCUUAGGCGCUACCUACGGGUGGUAAACAAUGAGAUAAAAUAUGUAAAUAUACGUUAUUAUGUUUAUUAUAAUUUAUUGACUAUUUUAUAAUAAAAAAAAAUUAUGAAA